UUGUAUUUCAUAUGCUCAGAUUUCUAAGAGUUCGAUCUUCAAACUUUAUCGUAAACAUUCAUAAUCUAUAAGGAGAGAGGGAGGGAGAGAGAGAGAGAGCUAUUCGCCGCCACCAUCAGGAUGAGCGGCACCACCACCGCCACCACCAUCAGUCUCCUCUCCCUCCUCCUCCUCCUCUUCUACGUGGUGGACUGUGCCUCCGGUGAACUCUUUGUAUUGCCCACGAACUGGACGACGUCGCCGGGGUCAGCCGGAAACCUCACCAUCAACACCGACCGAGGUACCUUUUUCCCGGCAACCAACUCCACCGGAAGCCCCAUCGCGAGCAAUGGGUCUGCCUUCAUCCUCGGCUUCCUCAAACCCAACAACUCCAACUUCAUUCUCUCCAUUGUUAUCAACCCCUCUUCCGCCCGCGCUACUACCGUUUGGUCCCUCAACCCUUCCCGGCCCAUCCCCGGAAAUUGCUCCCUCAGCCUCUUCGGCAACAGAACCAUCGUUCUCAAGGACGCCAACGGGUCCGUUGUCGGCACGCUAGGCGGCUCCGGCGCCAAGAUGCUCGGCAUGCUAGAAAAUGGCAAUCUCCAAGUGUAUAAUACGUCCACCAGGUUGCUUGCAGUAGCCCGUCGCGUCAUCUGGCAGAGCUGGGACUACCCGUCGGACGUCCUCCUUCCUGAGCAGGCGCUCCGUCAGGGCGCCGCCCUCUCCGAUAGCACUUCCGGCCUUUACAACCUCACAAUGCACGCCGGUGGUGCCGUCCUAUACUAUUCUGGCCAGCCGUAUAAGACUCUUCCAAUGACGUCCAAUUUCAGCGUCGCCGGCGCUGUCCAGCCGUGCUUCUCCCCUUCAAAUCUCUCCGCUGCUGGUCAGUCCUUCGCAGAAUAUACGGGGUUCUCGUUGGAGUUGUACUACUCAGGCCGGGCAUCAAAUUCAUCCGCUUCCUGUUCUUUUCUCAAUUCUUCCACGUACCUCGAUUCCGGCGACCGCAACGACUCGACCACGGGGAUCUUGCGCCUCGACGCCGAUGGAAACCUCCGGACCUACGCGCUGAUGCCGCCGCAGCCAUGGAAUUCGAAUUUUUCGCUUGACUGGCGGCCCGAACGAGAGCUGGUGUCUCCCCAACAGAGUUGUGAUUUGCCGUCCUUCUGCGGCUCCUAUGGGCUCUGCCGGAGCCAGCAAUGCAGCUGUCCUGGGGUUGAUUCCGCCGAUCAUUUUGACCAGAUUAGCCCCAGCGACGUCACCGCCGGCUGCAAGCCCAGGAACGCAAUUAACUGCACUUCCGGUAGCCAGACAGCCAUCCAUUUCAUUCGUAUUCCGGCCUACGACUACUUUCUCAAUGACUUGAAGCCACCAGAAAAUUACACUUCAAAUGUGACUGCCUGUGAGUCGCUCUGCUCUGCUUCCUGCGCUUGCCGCGCGUACUUCUACCGAAACUUCUCCGGCGAAUGCUUUCUGGUUUCAGGCAACAUCUAUACCCUCAAAUAUGCAGCCAAUGAUUCAUAUCAUGCUGGAAUCAAGGUCCAGAAUGCCACCACUCUAGUAGCUACACAGGCUCGAUCACGUAGCCAUCUCAGCGUUUUCUCAAUAAUCGGCAUUACCAUCGGCUGCUUGGCCCUCGUGUUCGCAGUCUUCCGGUGUGUCUGGCGGCCUAGAGCAGCAAGUUCGAUCGCUGACAUCAAAGACGAAGAGGACUCCGAGGAGGACAAGGACGAACUGGAAGAGGAGGAAUUCCUGAAGACGCUGCCGGGACUGCCGCCGAGGUUCACCUUUGCGGCGCUUCGCGACGCCACAAAUGGAUUCAGCCAGAAGCUCGGCACCGGCGGUUUCGGCACCGUCUUCCGCGGCACGUUGCCCGACGGCACGCGGGUGGCCGUGAAGAAGCUCGAAACCCUCCGGCAAGGAAGCCGCCAGUUCCGGGCGGAGGUCGCCACGAUCGGGAGCAUCUCCCACGUAAACCUGGUCCGCCUCCGCGGCUUCUGCGCCGACAGCAGGCACCGGCUCCUCGUCUACGAACUCCUACCCAACGGCUCGCUCGACAGAUGGCUCUUCGAGCCCAGGCCGUCGACCUCCGCCACUAAAGCACAAGACCAGCCGAGCACCGGUUUGCUAAAUUGGAGACAGAGACACUUCGUCGCCGUCGGCACGGCUCGUGGCUUGGCUUACCUCCACGAGGGUUGCCGCGAGCCGAUCAUGCAUCUCGAUAUCAAGCCUCAGAACAUCCUCCUAGACGAUCGAUUCGUCGCCAAACUUUCCGAUUUCGGCAUGUCCCGGCUGCUCGGGGAAGGCGAGACGACGCAGGUCGUGACGGCGGUUCGCGGCACGCCAGGAUACCUCGCGCCGGAAUGGAUCCGCUACUCGGUGGCGACGAAGAAGUGCGACGUGUACAGCUACGGGAUGGUGUUGCUGGAACUGGUGUCCGGCCGCCGGAACUUUGUGCCGGAAGCCGAGGACCCACGGCACUGCUAUUUCCCGGCGUGGGCAAUGCUGAAGGCGAUGGAGGGGCAGUUCAACGAGGUGGUGGACGCGAGGCUGAAGUUGACGGAAACGGAGAUGGAGGAGGCAGAGCGGAUGACCAAAGUAGCAUUCUGGUGCAUCCAGGAGCAGCCGAACAGAAGGCCGUGUAUGGUGACGGUGGUGAAGAUGCUGGAGGGGGAGGCGGAAGUCGAGGCGCCGCCGCUGUGGCUGGUGGAGUCUGAGAGGGCGCCGCGGUUCCUGGAAGCCUAUGGGUACGACCAGGUCGCGUGUUCGGUGGAGGACGGGUCCGAACCCGUCUCGUUCUGUACGCGAUGCGGCUCGGAAGUUUCCGGACCCAGGUGACUCGACUCACCCUCUCCUUGUAAAUCUGUAAUCCAUGUGUAUACCGGAAUCCCUCCUUCCCCUCAUUGGAAUUUUUUGAUAUAUUUUUAUCUUUUUCCAGUUUUCUUGUUCAUAGUAAAUAUUUCCUUUCAUACAUUUGAUGAGGGAAGGAACCCAUUUUUUGGGGGUGCAUAUAAAUGUAUUUUGAUAUCAUUUCCUUAACUAUUUACUCUUGG